CGGGUCCGGAAGUCGCAGCGUCGCCAUGAAGAACAGAGGACGGGGCACGGGGACAGUGGCCGCGAGUGCCGCGCCCGGCGGUCCCUCUAAGAGGACACUCGGGGCCAUUCUGCGCUCUCGGGCGCGUCUGAUGAGCUAGGGUGCGUAGUCUCAUCGCUCCCUGCUCCGUCGAGAGGCCGAAUGGGGAUGAUGGACGACCUUCUCAUUCCGCCCCUCAAUUUUGCCAUGGUCGAUCAGGGCGUGUACCGAUCGGGCUAUCCCAAUUCCAAGAAUUUCACUUUUCUGCACAAGCUGCGCUUGCGUUCCGUCAUAUACCUUUGCCCUGAACCAUAUCCAGAGUCUAACUUGGAGUUUCUGAAGAAAGACAAUAUUACUCUGUUUCACUUCGGCAUUGAAGGAAACAAGGAACCGUUUGUGGACAUUCCAGAAGAUGUUAUUAGAGAUGCUUUGAAAAUACUACUGGACGUCAAAAAUCACCCCAUUCUCAUUCACUGCAAUAAAGGAAAGCAUCGGACAGGUUGUCUUGUGGGUUGCUUGCGAAAGGUCCAGAACUGGUCUUUGACUUCCAUAUUUGAUGAGUAUCGACGAUUUGCCGGCACUAAGGUGCGCAUGCUCGAUCAACAGUUCAUGGAACUCUUCGAUGUUUCAUCGUUCAAGCAGUUGGCACGAGUGUGGACUUCUGGACGAGGGCGACCGAGAAAUGGUCAACUGACCGGUACAAGGGUGGAGCCUGCUCCACGGACCGGAAUUUCUACCUUGGAGAAUGCCGGAAUUGCUGUUUUGGCAAGGCCAUAGAAGUGACUGCAAGUAGAAUUUCUAUUAGUCUCAGCUUCCGGAGGCUGACGUGAGUACUCUCUGCGCACACUGCUUGAGAAGUUUGAAAAGGUCGCCUGAUUCUCCCUGUAUAUACCCAUCUUGUAGCUUUCAAGAAUCAGCUGACUCUUCCUUCAGGUUUACUACCUGUUCGGAAAGGGAAAGGGCUAGGCGUUUGAAGUUGGAAGUUGUUGCCCUGCCCAUGUAAUUUGUGGGGCGCUUUUGAUAGAUAUGUCUGUUUAUAGAAAACGUGGGUAACUUUUUAUACCCACACUGGAAUGGAAUUUUCUCGCCAGUUUAUAGGUUAGUGCCAGCAUCGUCUUCCAUCAACAUCAAUUUUUUUUCUAAGAGGAGAAGAGAAGAGGCAUCGUCUUCCUUCAACAUGAGUUUGUUUUCUGAAAAGAGAAGAGAAGAGGAAUUUUACCAUUUGAACAGAGUGCCUACUCACAGCAAGAAGGCAUAUAUUCUCGUUUUGUACCUAUAGAGAAUCAUCAGAAUCUAAUUUAGUGCCUGGUCGUAUGUACCUUAAGCUCUGGCACUACCUCUGUAAAAUGUGGGGCCCUCUAAAACAGAAACGACUGUUUGUAGAAAGUCGCACUGGCCUACGCCCACGAUGCGGUGAAACCUUCUCGCCAUGCUGAGAUGCUGUUGGUGGCGUGUUUUCGGUAUAUGUACAAAUUGAUUUGUGAAGGGAGAAAAGAAAGAAUGUACCAAUUGUGCAGAGGACCAACUCCAUGUAUGAAAUUCAGUUUUGUAUAUAUCAAGUACUACUCUUGAUU